GAGAUAUUUUAGAAGGCGUGCUGCUCUGUCACUGUCAUCAGCGUUGAAAGUUGAGACCAAUAGUUUCCAGUCCAGUGGUAGUAACAGACCAUCACCAGCCACAGCAAAUCCAUUUCCACACACAGGCACAAACCUUGAGCCUGCACUCUACUGAUUAGUCAGUCCUCUUGAGUCUUGUCGAUCCAUCCUUCUAGAGAUGCUAUAUUGUUAGUGCCCUUCAUAACCCCUUUUAGUUUGAUGAUGCGUUUGAUUUUACUGGAACAAUUCAUCAGGCGUCGAUUACCAAUCCUCAAUAUAUCUUAUAAUAACAGGAGAAAACAUUGAUGGAUGAACUGUGAGCUAAGAGAAGAAUUUUGAGCAGGGAGAUGGCGCUGAUCAUGAAUGUCUCUGACUAUGAAGAGCUCGCAAAGCAGAAGCUGUCGAAGAUGUUUUAUGACUUCUAUGCGUCAGGUGCAGAAGAUCAGCGGACACUCAAGGAGAAUAGGGAGGCAUUCUCCAGAAUUUUGUUUCGACCAAGGGUACUGAUUGAUGUGUCCUGUAUCGACAUGUCCCUGAGCGUUUUAGGCUACAACAUUUCCAUGCCCAUUAUGUUGGCUCCCACUGCUUUGCACAAACUGGCCCAUCCAGAAGGAGAGGUUGCUUCUGCCCGAGCUGCAGCUGCUGCAGGAACUAUUAUGACUUUGUCUUCAUGGUCAUCUUGUAGUAUUGAAGAAGUUAGCUCGAGUGGACCAGGACUCCGUUUCUUUCAACUUUCAGUAUUCAAGGACAGGAACUUUGUGCAACAGCUUGUCAGAAGGGCUGAAAACGCUGGCUAUAAGGCAAUUGCAAUCACUGUUGAUGCCCCACGGCUUGGUCACAGGGAAGCUGAUGUCAGGAACAGAUUCUCCUUGCCUGAAAAUGUGGGAUUGAAGUGCUUUGAAGGACUGGAUCUCAGCAAUAUGGACAAGAAUGUUUCUGGCCUUGCUGCAUAUGUCACUAGCCAGAUUGACAGCUCUCUAUCUUGGAAGGAUAUCAAGUGGCUACAGAUGAUUACCCGGUUGCCUAUCUUAGUGAAAGGAGUCAUAACAGCAGAAGAUGCUCGAAUUGCCAUUGAAUGUGGUGUUGCGGGUAUUAUCAUGUCCAACCACGGGGGACGCCAGCUAGACUAUCUUCCUUCAACCAUCAGCUGCCUCGAAGAGGUUGUCAGAGAAGCCAAAGGGCGUGUCCCUGUGUUCCUUGACGGUGGCAUCCGCCGUGGCACUGACGUGUUCAAGGCCUUGGCAUUGGGAGCCUCAGGAGUAUUUAUUGGAAGGCCCGUCCUGUUCGCCCUCGCCGUGGACGGCGAGCCCGGUGUGAGGAAGGCACUGCAGAUGCUGAGGGACGAGCUCGAGAUUGCCAUGGCGCUGAGCGGCUGCACGUCGCUGAAGGAGAUCACUCGCGGCCACGUCAGCACUGAGGAUGACAGGAUCGGUCGCUCUCGGCUGUAGCCUCGCUCUUGCUGUUGGUUUUGUCUCUGUGUUAAUACUGAAACUCGCGGGGCUGCUGAACCUGAACGCCAUGACAUAAAUGGAUUCAGAGAUUCAGUAGCGUCAGACACCAGCAGUUCUUGUGUUCCUGGUGACCUGGUAGAUUCAUGCGUACACGCGCAACCAUGAAGGGGUGAUUGCAUUCUUGUUGUUAACUCGUGACUGGUGAAUUGCAGAUCCGUUUCCCGAA